AUGCGGCCGCCGGCGCUGCCGCAGCUCCUGGUGGGGCCGCUGCUCGUGUCGCUGGUGCUGCUGGAGGCCUCCCGCUGCGGGGAGGCUGCGGCCCCGCGCCGCCGGGACGCGGCCACCGCUUCCCCGCGCCCCACGGAGGCGGCCGGCGGGGCCGCCACGCGAAGCAGCAGCAGCGGCAGCAGCCGCCUAGCCGAGGUGUCGGCGCAGCUCGAGCAGGGCCAGCCCAUGACCCAGCGCGCCCUGUCCGUGCUGGUGCUGGCCAGCACCGCCCUCAUCGUCUACUUCGUGAUCCGGACCGUGCGGCUCAGAAGGCAAAACCGAAAAACCCGGAGAUACGGAGUUUUGGAUACAAACAUAGAAAACCUGGAGCUGACCCCGUUAGAACAAGAUGAUGAUGAUGAUGACACAACACUAUUUGAUGCCAGCCAUCCUCGAAGAGAAGUACGUGCCUUUCAAUGAAAGAACUUAAUCUUAGAACCAGAGAAGGAGACUGCUUCAUGGGAGAAAUAAGAAGCAAGAGG